GAUGGCAAUUGGGACCUUAGCCCGCGGGCUAAGCCCGUAAAGUCCCACUGCGGGGCGGGUUUGGGCUUAGAUAUCUUAGGCCCGAGAUAUUGCGGGUCUUGCGGGUUGGUCAAUUUUGGGUAUGGACCAAUGCGGGGCGGGUCGACGCGGGUUUGCGGGGCAUUCGAGACCCGCGUGUCUUCUUCACCAGAGACGUUUGGUGUUCUGCUAACCGACGAAAAAGGUGAGAAAUGGCGACUGUGGAGGCAAUUCUGAACCUUCUCUUCCACUCGUCGACUAAGGUCACCACUGAGCCUUAUCUUCAUCACCUCUUCCUCGAUCUACCACCAUCUACCAUCUAUACAGAUGUGCUGAGAAGCUUUACUACAAAAUUAGACACACAUGAACCACCACCACACGAGUCAAGCAACAACAAAGAAAUGAGGACAGCAUUUUCACUACCCGCGGGCCGGACCGCAAAGUCCUAUAUAGCAAGCGGGGCGGGUUUGGGUAGAGGUUUGGGAACCGCGGGUUACGGCGGGCUGACCCGCAAAGAUCCGCCAGAGAUAGAGACCGCAGCGGGGCGGGCCACGGCGGGGCGGGUUGUCCCAAUUGCCAUUCCUAGACAUCUGCAAUGGAUCGGUGGUGGAUUAUCGUCCACGUGGCGAAAUCAUCUCCAUAUGUGUGUUUUUGCUUUGACCGUAGAUUAUUCCAACCGAGAAAAAUCAUUUAACUUAUAUACUAUAGGCUCCGAAUGGUAA